GCAAUUUCGAGAAACCAAUUAAACUAACAGUCAUAUUUUUAGACUGUGGAAGCCAGACUACAUGAUGAGAACCUACGCAUGCAUAGGGGGAACAUGCAAACUCCAUGCAGAACUCAGGACCUUCUUGCUGCAAGGAAACAGUGCUACCAAUUGCUCCAAUGUGCAGCUCUUAAUAGAAAAAAACAAAAUAAACUAACAUCUGAGCCCUUUGGCACUGACUCAGCAUGCUGAGUUUUAGGUAAAUCUCUACAAUGCAGAGGAAUGAGCCAAAAUCCCUCCGUUGUACAAGCUAGUAGCCAAUGGCUUCUUUCCUGUUUAGCUACAAAUGUACUGGUCUCUCUUUUUGUCUCUGCGAUUUUUAGCUACAUUUUAAUAAAGGAAGUGAGAGGUUGGGAGGCCUGUUCUCAAAUGCAGAAGUGAAACAGGGCUGCGUCAUCACAUCAGCAAUGUAACAUCGCCAUAAGCAUUUGAGAAGAUUGCUCAAAAUAAGCCGAAAAGACGGAGCAGUGGAGAAAAGUUUUCGAGAGUCAUGUUGGCUGAAGGGUUUCUCAGAUUAAUGUCCUACAGGGAGAAGAGAAAGUUCGCCGCAGCUUCCAAAAGGAAAGGAUGUCAGAGGAGCACACAAUGUCCUCACCCAGUCAGGUGUUCAGUCUCUGAUCCGAACUUUGCCAACCCACAGAUACAUUCAGCUGAAGCAGAGCCAAACCAGGAAGAGCCAGAGUCAAAUCAGCCCCAGGGAUUGAGAGUGGUGCCUCAGGUUCCAGGCCUCCUAAUUCCUGGGUGUUCACCUGCAGCCACCCUUUCACCCAUCUGCAUCGAAGAUUGCAGCCUCUUGGAGCAUUAUCCAGACCUGCAGGUGGCUGAUUCAGGCCGGAUCUCAUACAACCCACCCAGACCUGUGGGGAGCCAAGAGGAUUUUAACUUUCAGCCGAACGUCCCUGAGGUAUACCUCCAAACAGAAGCCAAACAGGAGUCCAUCCCAGACCAGGGUUAUCUGGUGAUGGGGGCAAGUGAAAGCAUCAGCCUGGAUCUGCCCGGAUCAGGCUUGGAGCCAAUGUCCAACUCAGUGUUGAAUGGGCUGCUGGAGAAACAGCUGGAGGAGGUUUACAUGCAACAUCUGACUGACAACUUAGCUCGAUGCAACUCCCACUUUGGACACAGCAUUCUGCACGGCUUGGUGCCGCCGCCGCAUACCGGUUGCCGGUCACAUGGGUCCGACUCACUGGAGGCCAGUCUGGUAGAAGACUCCAGGGGGGACAACAGCGAUAAAAUUAGUUAUCUGAGCACCCAGAACUUAGUUCCCUGCUCAUCCACCUUCAGCUCCCCUGUGUUGAGGAUUUCAGAGGUGGACAAUCCUCAGCUUCAAGAGAACAUCCUGCCAUAGACAUAAAAAUCAACAGAAAUGUUUUAAUAUCUGUGCCUUUCAUUCAACCUGACACGUACCCACGAUCUAAAAAGAUUAUGUCGGCGUUUUUUUUUUUUUUUUUUUUUUUUUACAAUGCAAAGCCUAUUUCUUGCUUACGGACAUGAUGCCUCACUCAGAGCAGCAUCCAAACGCCAUCUGCUGUUUGAAUUUAGUAUUACAGCUCUAAUAAUUUCUGAUUUAUUAAAAUUUUAUUUACUGACGUUUCAGAUUAUUGAUAUAUUAAAUUAGAAGGUAUUCAAGUGUGUUAUUUCUUGCAGUUUUUUAUUACUUCAUCCUAUUAUUCAUACAGGUUUUACAGAAUGAUAUAACUGAAAUAACAAGAAGAUGGAUAUUUGGGAAAAACACUUGAUAAGAGCAACAAAGCGCGCCGAGAAUCAGAACAAUUUUAAACUUUAAUGUAUUCAGAGAUCAAUUCAAAAGGUCAAGUUUUUGCUGUGCCAUUAUAAAUAAUAAAAACUGAGGAAAACAAA